AGUACCCUCCCCUCCCUAUAUUAACCCUCCCCCGCCCCAAUCCAACCUCAAGCACAACGACUCGACGAGAUAGAUCACACGAGCUCAGAUCACCAGCCAUCCAGCCAUUGUUGUUGAUCAGCAAAGCAAAGCUUAGGUUAGGAGGAGCAAAUGGAGUUCUCGUUCGGCGACCCGGUGCUCUCGGCGGCGCUGCAGCAGCUGAUGGACCUCCCCGACGAGCUGGAGCGGCAGCUGAAUGCGCCGACGCGCGCCUACGUGCGCGACCGCCGCGCCAUGGCCAACACGCCCAUGGACGUCAAGGAGCUCCCCUCCGGCGCGGUCGUGCUCGCCGUCGACAUGCCCGGGGUCAGCCCCGCCGACGUCAGGGUCCAGGUCGAGGAGGGCAACGUGCUCACCAUCAGCGGCGAGCGCAAGCGCCCCGCCGAGGACGCCGGCGCCGAGGCCGGCAAGCAGCAGCAGCAGGCCGCCGAUGGAGGCGCCGGCGGCGAGAAGCAGGGGGUGAGGUACCUGCGGAUGGAGCGGCGGAUGGGCAAGUUCAUGAGGCGGUUCCCGCUGCCGGAGAGCGCCGACCUGGACAGCAUCAGGGCCGAGUACAAGGACGGCGUGCUCACCGUCACCGUCGACAAGAAGCCGCCGCCGGAGCCCAAGAAGCCGCGCGUCGUCCAGGUGACGGUCGGCGAGCACCAGGGCAAGUGAAGGACGCGGCGUACGCGUGAUGGGUCCUCGUCAUCAGAUCAGCUGUGAUGUUCUGCUUGGUAGUAGACUACUAGAGUAUUCAGUGUGUCAUCGAAUAAGAGUAUGUAGUAGUUGGUACAUGCAUGUACUAGACUACCUGAGUAUUUCUGCUUGCUUUCUCUGGGACUUGAUGUGAGUAUGUAACAUGGCCUCGGUUAUCAA